AUAUCUCUUGACACCACCAAUAACACACGCACUCAGCUGCAGAGAAGGCGGGUGGAGAGAGAGCGCGCGCGCCAGCGAGAGAGAGAGAGAGAGAACUAGAGAGAGGGUGUGUAGCCUGUACUGUAUGUGAGAGCGACGGAGCGCAGUAUUUGUGCGGACUCGAGGCGCAGAGACACUCGGUACCGUGAGAGAAAACAUAAAUACGGAUGCCACUGAACCGGUCAGGGAUCUACAGGCACGGAAUAAUCAUCAAUAUCCAGUCGCUCAUCUCGUCUGCGACGGAAUCCGUUUCCUUCAGACCUGCUGCGGUAAACGAUUAAUUUAUAUGGUCCAGCAUCUUGGCAGAGACUGAUUUAUAUAUGUAUAUGCAUAAUUAAGUGCUACCUGCUGCUAUUUUCAUCUUUUGUGUCUGAGCAUUCGUGUAAUUGACUCAUUGAUCAAGGCUGUGGCAAUGAUAGUACACACAUAGCCUUCUUCUCGAGCUGAAGGACUGCAGUGGAGGACGGGUUUCCCUGGGAUACGUUUGGAUUUUUUUUUCUAAGGGUAGUAAGGACUCGAUCAGCAUCCACUUGUGUAAAAUGAACAUUGAAAAUGGCCGUGUGUUAUUCUUGACACCUUAACACAGCGGGGAAGAUAUUCUUCAGGCAUUUUCCGAUCAGAGUUGGGUUCCAGCAUUAUCCAGCUAUUAUGUAGCCUAUACGCUCACGUCUAUACGGUUAUCAUCAGUGUUCAUUAUUGAGUAUUAAUUAGAAUCAACCCAGGGCCUUCUUGUGAUUUCUGUCAUCAAAAUGCCGGCUGGAAUGAAGCCUCUUGAAAAAUUCUUGAAGAAACAGACCAAUGCACUCACACGGGCGGGUGGUUUUGGGGAGAAGGCCACCGGCACCGGGGCAUCCAGGCGGCGGGCCAGCCUGUCCCGUGUGGUGCCGUUCUUCAGGGAGACGUCUCCCGAAAGCGGCCCGGCGAGAGAGGUGUUCAGCCCGGAGACCGAAGAAGCGCCGUGCUGGCCAUCCGCCACUGCGGACAUCAGGAGCCCGUCGCUGUCCAGCGAUGAGCAGAGCUCAGAGGCGAGUCUGGACACGAACUGGACCCCGCUGCCCGCGGACACUCCAGACAAUCUAGCGCUGGCGCUGCUGGAUAGUGUGGCGGGAAAGCGGUACGCAAACUGCACAGAAAUACUCCUGGAUGACUUCAUGCUGACACACCCAAUCUUCCUGGCCCCAGACAAGUUCCAGCAGGUCUUGCUUCAGCAAUUCAGCUCAGAGGGUAAGCAGGGUGAGGGCUGGCCUGGCUGGGAUGGAGCUGAGCGGAAACUUGCAGUUCUGACUGUGGCCUUCCGCUAUCUGGACACAUACAGAGACUUACUGCAGGAGGAGGGAGAUCGCUCCAACACCUUCCCAAAGGAUCUGUAUUUGUGCGCCGUUCAGGAGCUCAGUCGCUUUCCUGAACUGGUGGAAGACGUCCUGAAACUUCAGCGCUGGACUGAGAUAUUACACAGCCCAGCCGAGGAAGACAAGGAAAGUCGCAAGAAGCAAGUUCGCCCGCUCUUCCGGCACUUCAGACGUAUCGACGCCUGCCUGCAGCCCCGAGAGGCUUUCCGUGGCUCAGACGAGAUCUUCUGCAGGGUUUACACACCAGAUCACUCGUACGUGACCAUCCGGAGCCGUCUUUCAUGCCGGGUCGGGGAGAUCUUGGCUCUGGUGAGAGAGAAGCUUCAGUAUAGUGAGGACCAGCCCACCCAACCUGCCAACCUUAUAUUGGUGGCCGUCACCUCAUCUGGAGAGAAGGCUGUGUUCCGUCCCAGCGACGAGGCCGUUUUCACCACCCUGGGCGUCAACACCCACCUGUUCGCCUGCGAGCCCUCAGAGCUCGAGAGCUUGAUACCUCUCCCUGAGGAGAUCCACUGGUCACCAGGCGACAGCAAACUCCAUGAUAUGAGUGCAGAGGAGGUGGCCAAUCAGCUGGUGGUGUUCGACUGGGAACUCUUCAGCUGUGUGCACGAGGUGGAGUUUGUGUGUUACGUGUUCCAUGGGGAACAGGCCCGCUGGCGCCCCCUCAACCUGGAGCUGAUCCUGCAGCGAUGCAGUGAAGUGCAGCACUGGGUCGCCACAGAGAUCCUGCAGUGCCAGUCGCUUCCAAAGAGGAUACAGCUACUGCGCAAGUUCAUAAAGAUUGCAGCCUUAUGUAAACAGCAGCAGGAUCUGCUGUCGUUCCUGGCGCUGGUUCUGGGACUGGACAACCCUGCAGUCAGCCGCCUACGUCUGACCUGGGAAGGUUUGCCAGGAAAGUUCCGGAAGCAGUUUCAGCAGUUUGAGAGCACUGCGGACCCUUCGAGGAACCACAAGUCAUACCGAGACCUUCUAGCAAGCCUGAGAGCCCCACUCAUACCCUUCACUCCACUGCUGCUAAAGGAUCUGACCUUCCUUCAUGAGAGCUGUAAGACUUUCCAUGGGGAGCUGGUUAAUUUUGAAAAGAUGCACAAGGUGGCCGAGAUGGUGCGAAGCAUCAGGCGGUAUAGGAGCACUCAGCUAGCGAUGGAGGCCGAGCCGUCCCCGUCUCACCUCCAGACGAAAGCGUAUGUUCGGCAGCUGCAGGUCAUCGACAAUCAGAACCUGCUUUUUGAGAUGUCCAGCAAGCUGGAGCCAAAAGACAUGUGAAGGGACCAAGCGUACCUACAAGCCAUAUCUACAAAACCUCUUGUUCCCCUCAAUAAACCCAGACACCCAACCCUUCAUGCUCCAUUGUCGCAGAUUAACCCAGCUGGGCUGUCAAUCAUCUCAGGCUCCGCCUCCGAAUCAUUGAACGAGGACAUUUGUUCAUGAAAAUGGUGUGAAUUGUGCUUUGAGUGAUUCUGUGUCGAUGUUUAUUAUGACCACGCGUAGGGAUCUGGAUUCAUUUCUAACUUUAUUUUCUUCGCUGUUCACGACUGAAGGGAAACCUGUCCUGAUUGCACUGCCAUCAGUUGAACUGAACCAAACCGGAAUAAGCUUAAUGCGUACAACUUUUCAUCUGGGCCUUCAGAGAAACAGACUGCAUUUUGGCCAUUCAUUACCCUAAAAUACAUGAGACAAUCUGACCUCUUGAACUCUGACCUCUGGUCUUCCCUCUUCCCCUGCCAACAUUGGCACUUACUGCAACCCUGUGUGUAACUUGGAUGCAGUCGUUAGAUCUUAGUGUUCUGAACAAUAUGGAUCCCCAGCCAUCAAAUGAGUCCCGAAUCCAAGACCAGCUCCAACGUGCAGGAUGUUUUCAUAAAUAACCAGAAUAAUGUAAAUGAUGCAGUCAUAAUCUAGAAGAAAUUCACUUUAACUGGACAUUAAAGUGAAUGUACAGGAACUCGUUUACUGCAAAAAAUAGAUUAUAUCAAUAUUUUUCUUGUUUUUUUUCAAGAAAAAUUAUUUUCUUGAAACAAAAUUGCUUAAUAAUAAUUUAAUAUUUAAACAUAUAAUAAUUCUAAUAUAUUAAAUUUAGAUUUUAAAUAUUAUAUAUAAAGAACACUACAUUUUGUUAAUUUGUACUUAUAAAAAGAAAAAUGAGUAUAAAAACUAUUGUGUGUACUCUGAAAACAAAUUUUAUUAUGCAAUUUUGUUUCUCAAAUCAAAUUUGUUUCAGUGUUUAGAUAUUAGUUCUGAAGAACAAGCAAAAAUACUGAUAAUUUUUUUAGUUUUGAAGCCAAAUUUAACUUAACAAAUAGUACCAGACCAAAAUGAAAACAAGACCAAAUGCAGUAUUUUAUCUUAUGUUUGGACAGAAUCACUUAUAACGUGUUAUGUUAAUAUAGUCAAUAUGCUGUUAAUAUAGUUCCUGAUGGCGCAGCUUCGUUUCUAGUCGAGCUUUACUUGGUCAAGCACUUGUUUUCCGUAUGCCCUUGUGUUAUGUUGAAAGGGCCAAUGGUAAAGUUAAUUCUCAUGACUGGAAGAGUGUUUAUUUGCACCCAAGUUUACUCCUGAACGACCCCAAUCUAGUAAAUCAAAAUGGGCUCUGAGCAGGCCUCUGUACGGGAUGACUAGUCUUGGAUUGGACUCUCUCAGGAUCUCCUCCUGAGGUCAUAUAAGGGACGGCCUGUAAGGCUGCACUGUACAUAUGUCAUGUAAAUAGCAAAAUAAAUAUGAAUAUGAUUCUAUUUUAUGUAAGAGCUAUGAGAUGGACUCUCAAGAAGAAUAUUUGUUUUGUAAAUCUAAGAAAAAAAGUAUGUGUACAGUUUAAAAGGAGACAACCCAGACAGAGUCUGUGGUUUGCGAUGAAAGAAUUGUAUAGCAUAUUUACUGGUUUUGUUGUUUCGGUUUGAUAUCAUUUCUUAUCCAUUACAGAUGACUUGUACAUAUCCUCUGUUUUGGUUGCAUAGUUUUUUUGCAUUGUCUGUCUGCAAUGGAUGAAUUGUACAGCAUGUAGUUGGUUUAGUUGGAUUUUGCUGUUUUUAUUUGGUAAAAGUUUCUCAUUUUGUUUUUAUUUGAUCUUUUUAAAGCGGGUAUUCUAUUGUUGUUUUUGGUUUUGUACAGAAGUCCGUGUUUACAGUGCGAUUCUCUGAAACUCAGACAUGUCCAAUGAAAGACACGGAGGGCGGGGCAGGCGAUACUGCCCCGCCCCCUUUUAUUGACAUGAGUCAAAGAUGCAUCUAAAAUAAAGCCUCUUGUGAUGAGCACUCGA